UCGAUACAAGAUAUACUCGCUUUUGUUUUCUAUUGAGGGGAAUGGAACUCGGUCGAGUCUUUGCUUGUAUUUUAUUUUGUCUUAUAGGUGAAUGUGACAAAAGCCUAGGGUGAAUUUCGCGCAAUUAUUUUUUUGACGGCCGGUAGCUUAUGAAAGACUGAGCAUAAUGUUGACGAUGAACAGGAAUGAUUGUGCCUGAUCAUUUUUCAGCUAACGUAAGCUGUUCACGUUAGUUAGCUAGCUAGCUAGCUAGCUAGGUAACGUUGCCUUUAGAAAGAUGAUACGCAUGACUUGUCCACCGCUACAGUCUAUUAAUGCAUUCAUUUGUUUCUAAUGCGCUAAGAGGGUGUUUUUAGCCAAUAGGAUAACGUUAAACGAUAAGCGUUGUUUAGAAGAAAACGGGGACCUGACGUUGAAAACGUAUAUUUUAGCCCUAUUGCUAGCGUUAACUAGCUGAGUUUUGGAAUCCACCGGCACUAUUGCAACCUCGGCACGUUUGCCUAUUCUAAGUUACCCAGCUGACAUACACUGGAACUUUUCCUGAUGUCUACCUGCAGCUCGUUUGUAACCUAACGUAAUGUGUUAAUGCGUCAAAGUUAACUUAUUCCAAUCUUACAUUAGCUAAUACUGAACUGCCAGAUAUUGUAUACUUUGAUCGGGCACCUUUAACUUCAGACAGUUUAUUUUGAUGUGCUGUAGGGAUUUCUUUUCUAUGUCCACACACAAGCUGAUGUUAAAACUCUAAAGUGCCAAAAUCACUUCCGAAAGUUGCACAUUGAUUUGUAUUAAUGAUGUGGCUAUAACGGAGCACAUGUGCUUCCGGGUUCGAUGUUGCUGUUCUGUGGAUGAUGAUGCGGAUGACCUGGCUGAUAUCAGGAAUCAAUCGACGAAUGAUGAAGCUCCUUGUCGCCCUUGCCUUGAUUGCCUACAUUGCCUCUGUCUGGGGAACCUACACAAAUAUGAGGUCCAUACAGGAGCAAGGAGAGAUACGGAUAGACCAGAAGAUUGAUGAGGCAGUUGCACCCUUAAGGGAGAAGAUCCAUGAUCUGGAGUUGACCGUGUCGCAGAAGUACCCCCCGGUCAAAUUCCUGUCUGAGAAGGACCGCAAGAGGAUUCUGAUCACCGGCGGGGCGGGCUUUGUGGGAUCCCAUCUGACCGACAAGCUGAUGAUGGAUGGCCAUGAGGUUACCGUGGUAGAUAACUUCUUCACUGGCCGCAAACGCAACGUGGAGCACUGGAUCGGCCAUGAGAACUUUGAGCUGAUCAACCACGAUGUAGUCGAGCCACUCUACAUUGAGGUGGACCAGAUCUAUCACUUGGCCUCUCCUGUCCCCCCAAACUACAUGUAUAACCCCAUCAAAACACUGAAGACCAACACCAUUGGGACCUUGAAUAUGUUGGGGUUGGCCAAACGUGUCGGGGCACGUCUGCUUCUGGCUUCCACAUCCGAGGUGUAUGGAGACCCAGAAGUCCACCCUCAAAAUGAGGAAUACCCCAUUGGUCCACAAGGCUGCAUGGCUUAUAGGGGCGGUGAGACCAUGUGCUGGGCCUGCAUGAAGCAGGAGGGUGUGGAGGUGCGAGUGGCCCGCAUCUUCAACACGUUUGGGCCGCGCAUGCACAUGAACGACGGUCGCGUGGUCAGCAACUUCAUCCUGCAGGCUCUACAGGGUGAGGGCCUCACGGUGUAUGGUUCUGGAUCUCAGACGAGAGCAUUUCAGUAUGUGAGUGACCUGGUCAAUGGGCUGGUGUCCUUAAUGAACGGCAACAUCAGUAGUCCUGUCAACCUGGGAAAUCCUGAAGAGCACACCAUACUGGAGUUUGCACAGCUUAUAAAGAGUCUGGUUGGGAGCCGCAGUCAGAUCCAGUUUCUCCCAGAGGCCCAGGACGAUCCCCAGAGGAGAAGACCCGACAUCCGCAAGGCCAAGAUGCUGCUGGGAUGGGAGCCAGUGGUACCUUUGGAAGAGGGUCUGAACAAGACGAUCCAGUACUUUGCCAGAGAGCUGGAGCACCAGGCCAACAACCAGUACAUCCCCAAGCCCAAGGCUGCCCGCAUGAAGAAAGGCAGACCCAGACACAACUGAACACGUCUGCACAGUGGAGCAAACCUCUGUCUCUCUCUCUCUCUUUCUCUCAGGGACGCUCUGGGAGACAUUUUAAAGCAAAGGAAAACAUGUUUCGAGGGACAGUCAAGUAAAUAUGAACAAUGUGUUUCGGUUUCUGUCGGUCUUUUUCAAGUCUCAAGUAAUUUUCUGCUUUAAAGUGUGACGUGAUCGUCAUGGAGCAUUUGGCUAUCAUGCUGAGGCUGGUUUGCCAACAGAUAGACAGGACUCAGAGAAGCUACAGACAGAAGACGAGUACGAAAAACAACAGAGCCAACAGACUUUGCCUUGCACUACUGUCGUGUGCGUUGUCCGCUUUAUUUAAUGAUGAACUGAGAACUUCAUGAGCCAUUUUUAUCUUGAUGAAAUGUCACUGUGCAGUACGUUUUCUUUGUUUUUUGUUUAUUUUGUUGUCAUGAAUCAUGCUUAUUCAUUGCCAUAAAAGCUAUGGGUGUCUCUUCUUUUGUCCUUUUUUGGGCAGACAUCUGUUGUAAAUGUAGAGUGUUUAUACCAUUAUGCAGACAAGUGUUGAAUGUGCUCCGCUGGAUCACCUCUGGUCAUCUCACUUGACCUUCGAGGCAUCCGCCAGCUCCAGUGAAGGGUCUGAGCAGAGGAAGAGUUUUGAAGCCAUUUGUUGUCAAUUUUACCUUUGUAAGAUGAUCACCUGUGUGCAUGCAGGCACACACAGACACUCACUCUUACAGAUAAGCACACAAAUACAUACAUACACACACACACUCACUCUUACAGACACAGUUUUAAACACAUAAAAACCCACACAUGCAGUCACAAUUUACAGAAUUUUAAACCCCGGAUUUGAUUUCAAAAGGGGGAAAGGCUAUUUUAAUAAAAUAUUUACAGUGUUUGUGACA